UCGCCGCGAAUAACCUACCAAACCGACACCAUUCCUCAAUGCCACAGUGCGGUGUCAGUAACUGCAACGCAGGCCGCUUGCGAGCACGUACGUCAAGCAGCUGCACGUAGUGAAGCCAGGCUAUAGGAUCACGCAUAGACCUACAAAUGCAUUCUGGAAGUGUCCACCACCGAUCCCAAAGCACUACCUUCGCCGAGCGUUGCACCCUAGCGAACAAUCAUCCAAAAGUCGUUCCACGUCCUACGGUAUCCGGGGCUGCUUAGCCAACUUCACGCCGCAAUGGGAAAAGGCAAGCUUCCUAGCAAGAAAUCUAAGAAUACUUCACCUUCCGACUUCAGGACUCCUGCUGGCUUCGGAGGCUACGGUUUAGGCAGGGCAGGGGUUGACGAUAACCCAUUCGGCCCAGGUCUGGGGCCUAUACAAGGCCAUGGCUCUUAUCUACCAGGUAUGCCGGGACACUGGCCGGGCUCGCAAGCUGAGGACGACAAAACGAAGUACGAGCCCUCACAGUCCGUACGAGACCUCAUCCGAGUUCGCCUAGAAGAGCAACAUGACCUGCUGAGAAAGAUCAUCAACAAGGAAAUCUGGCCGCUACUCCAAGCCUACACUGAGGGACAAGCGACGGCGGAGAACGGCGCGCCGAAGACUGCAGGCGACCAGCAGAUUGAUGCGAAGACGGUCAAGAGUGUCGUCGACAGUGCUAGGAAUCGGAGCGUGCGAUCCGACCGUGGCCCGUCCGGUAAAUCAUUCUGGGGAGACGGUGAGAUUGACGGCGGUUCUACAGGCAAUCCGUAUGGAUGGACUCCGGACGGAUCGAAAGGCCUUGGGGGUGCGUACUAUGGUUUAUAUAGCGGAAUGCUCGGCCAUCCACACACUCCAUCGGCAGCCAUGCCGGGAUACAAAUCGAAUACGAAGAAGGACAAGAUGGAUCCCAUCCAACGCUUUGAGCAGAUCGACACAGAGAUGCGGGCGCUUGUCGCAUUGACUUCGGACCAGAACCAGGGCGGCAUGCCUCGCUUGCCAGCUCGCAACUCUCUCCCGACCACGAAAAGGAGGGACCUCAGGUCAAUGUUGAUGAAGGUCCUUGAGCCGCCAGCCAAAGGGGACUCAGACUCCGAUUUCACAGAAGCAGACGCCGCCUCGGUUGACGAAUUAGAUGACGAUGCCACAGGAGGCCCUGAAUCGUUAUCAACUCCCGCGCAGCCAGGAUCACCGCUGUACAAUCAACCCUUUCACGGCCAGCCUGGGCCACCGCAAGCGGGAAUGGGAGGUUUUGGGUCGUGAUCUAAUGUCGCCGUUACAUGCGUAGAGAGUCCCGUGAGAUGCAUGGGGACCAAAAUAUGAGCAACUAGUAAUCGGCGUAUCCGGUUGGUAG